AUGGCGAACUUGGACGCAAAGCAGCUGUUCGAGACUGGCAAGCAGAUAGCCAAAGCCGCCGAGGCCGGCGACCCACCAAGCACAAUCCUCGCACUUCUAGCACCGCUCGAGAACGUCAAGGUGACCGAGGAUCUUCUGCGGCAGUCUAAGAUCGGAGUCGCAGUCACCAAGUUACGGCAAUACAAGGCCGACCCCAAGGUCGGCGAGAUCGCAACAAGGCUGGUGAACAGGUGGAAGCAGGAAGUCAACCUUCAUAAGAAGAAGCGACCAGCAGCAGCAGAAGGUAGCCCAGCACCCUCGAACAAGGCUCUCAAUGGCGCAGCAGCAAACGGUCGGAGUAGCGGCACGAGCAGUCCGGUGCCGCAGUCAAAGACGGAGGUGAAGGAGGGGCGCAAGAGCACCGUCGACCCGGAGAAGCGCAAUACAAACACAGACAACAUCAAUCACAAGCUCACUGGAGACGCCGUGCGGGAUGGCUGCCUCAAGCUCAUGUACGAUGGUAUCGCAUUCAAGUCGGAGGAGUCGCCGGAUGCUGUACUGGACGUAGCACGGAAGGUGGAGGUCGCGGCAUUCCAGCACUUCAAGUCGGAGACGAACCAGGACUAUAAGGCCAAGAUGCGGAGUCUAUUCCAGAACUUGAAGAUGAAGAAUAACACACUACUGCGCAAAGACGUCUUCAGCAUGCGCAUCGCGCCGAAGGACUUUGUGACCAUGACCGCAGAAGACCUCAAAUCAGAGGAGAAGCGCGAGCAAGAAGAGGCGCUUCAGAAGGAAAACAUGCGAAAAGCCAUGACAGCAAUCGAGGAGAAGGCGGUUUCCACCACAAUGACAUGUGGCAAGUGCAAGCAGUCGAGAGUCGCGUACUCGCAAGCACAGACUCGGUCUGCUGAUGAGCCGCUUACCACCUUCUGCGAGUGUACGAUGUGUGGCCAUCGCUGGAAAUUCUCAUAG